UAACAAGUGAGUAAUAGGUGAGUAGCAUGCGAGUAGCAGGCGGGCAAGCAAACAAGCACCUGUGCCAAAUUCUGCUGUAAUUUAAGCUCCAUACAAUCUUUUUGUCUAUUUAAAUACAGCAUGGCAACUCGGCGGUCCUUCACACUUUUUACCCUGCCAGUCUUUAGUCUUUGGUUAUAUAUGGACCACUCCAAAUACCAUCCUGGUACAGAAAGGAUGGUAAGUUCAACCCCACUCAGUUUCUCAUGUCUGCUUCGGCCUUAUAUAUGACCGAAUCAUCGCCUCGGAGUUAUGGACAAAUGUUGAUUAUUGAUAAAUGGUGUGCGAGAAGGAGCCAUGCCAAAACGAAUCCAAUCAUAUUGGUGCGCUCAUCGUCUCGAGUUGCCACCAUCUCUCGAGGCUAUCGCGGAUGCAGUUUUCCUCGCAGACACUCCGUUGCAGCCUCAUUGGCCCAAAGAGCGAGAAAAUGGCCGAUGGCAAGCCGGCCAUUACACUCAUGCUCAAGUCCAAUAAGCCUGUUAUUACUCCUGAUGGUCGAAUAAAGAGUACCCUUCAAGACUAUGGCGAAAAGGUUACAGUACCCGCCCAGGUAACAGUAGACGAGGAUGAUAUCAUCGUCCGCGCUUUACUUGCAGGCAUCAACGGCGUUGCCAGCAUAUAUAGCGACAUGGCAACGGCAUCACUCCCACAACUCCUUUGCGUCUUCGCGAGGAUCAACGGCGACUCAAUCAAAUUUAAGAAGCUUGCCCGGUAUUUCAAGACUCUCGAUAAAGACCAACGCAAGGUGUUUAAAGAGUCCAGCAAGCUUCCUUUCGGUUUCAUGGUGGUUCAGGGUGUUCCCGGGACAGGCAAGACCUUCCUGGCUACAGUACUGCUGCUCGACGCGCUUAUGGAUGGAGUGUCACAUUCUGGAAUAGUCAAGUACAAACUGCCAGAAGAGACAGAACAGCCUAAGCGAGGUACAUCAUUCAACAAGCCUAAUCCCACCGGACACGACGAAUCAAGCGACAACAAGAGCAUGUCAGACAAUCUUGUACCAUCAGACAACCAACACUCUGGAUAUUGGAGCAAUGAAGCUGACGCCAAGGUCGUGGUCUAA